CUGGUGGACUUCUCUCCACAGCGUUGUGUGACGUCUCUGUUGUGAAAUUCAGUUUUUCUUUUGUCAUCGCAUAUCAUUGAGCUAGAUGACAGUACGAAAAGGAAAGCGGAUGGCGAUCUCAAUUCAGGAACACAUGGCGAUAAACGUCUGUCCUGGCCCAAUUCAACCCAUCCGUCAAAUAUCAGCAUACUUUCCCAGACACUCCCCGACAUCCUCCUUCUCUGAUUCGUUAUCGCCAAACCUGACUAGCUGUUCCUCAGAUGCAGUUGGAGCCAAAGCAGAUGGAGUUCUGUUGUCUCCUCACUCAGCAGGAGCCACUGGAGGUGGAGGCACACUUUCAGCAAUGUGUAGCAUGGACACGUCCAUAGAAAUUGACAGUUGUGACAGUGAUGACAACACAUCCUUGGGAACCCUGGAGUUCCAACUGCUCUAUGAAACCGCGACAAGUGCUCUUCACUGCACUGUCAUUAGAGCAAAGGGUUUGAAGCCCAUGGACUUUAAUGGUUUGGCUGACCCAUAUGUGAAACUGCAUCUGCUUCCUGGUGCCUGCAAGGCCAAUAAGCUAAAGACGAAGAUUGUGAAAAACACCCUAAACCCAGUGUGGAAUGAAACCCUUACAUAUUGUGGCAUCACAGUGGAGGAUAUGUACAGAAAAACCCUCAGGGUGUCUGUGUGUGAUGAGGACAAGCUGACUCAUAAUGAGUUCAUUGGAGAGUCACGGGUGGCAUUGCGCAAAGUGAAGCCUGACCAGCCUAAACACUAUAACAUCUGCUUAGAGCAUCCACCUCCGUUGUCAUCUCCCACAGCAAUGAGUUCAGCUAUGAGAGGAAUCUCCUGCUAUCUGAGAGAGUGGGAUAGUGAGCAGCAGCGCAAUUUGGAAGAGAGAGGUCGUCUGCUACUAUGUCUGCAAUUUCUGCCUGAAUCCCAGUAUUCGGAAAGGGUAGGACAGACAGAAGCUAAAGAGCAAGCCAAAGGUGGGCUAUGUGUGGGGGUCCGCCGCUGUGCCCACUUAGCAGCUAUGGACGUUAAUGGCUUCUCUGACCCAUAUGUGAAAAUAUAUCUCAAACCUGACCUUAAGAAGAAAUCCAAGCAUAAGACUGCAGUCAUCAAAAAGACUCUGAACCCUGAGUUUAAUGAGGAGUUUUUUUAUGAGAUUACAUUUAAUGAGUUAUCCGCCAAGACAUUAGAAGUUUCGGUCUGGGACUAUGAUUUGGGGCGGUCCAAUGAUUUCAUUGGGGGCGUAUCGCUAGGAUGUAACUCACAUGGUGACGCUCUUCAGCACUGGAUAGACUGUCUCAAAAAUAAAGGCCAGAAGGUUGAGCGUUGGCACACACUGACCAAUGAUCUGCCAGGAUCAACAAUUUAACAGAACCAAGGUUUAUCCUCAGUAAGACUUUAUCUGUCACCUUCAUUCGUUUACAUUUUACCAUUGGAUUGUGUUAAUUAAGUCAACAUAACAACUUCUCUAUCAACAUUUACCUAUGUAAAGGGCCUGAAUCUUUUCUUUAUUUUAGACUAUACUUUGUUAUUUAAGUAAUUUUGUAUAGUUGUUCAUUUGUAUUAUCUGAAACUAUUAUAAUGUAAUAUAUUUGUGUUCAAUGCAGUAAUUUGUGAAUUUACGUGCUUUUAACAAAGGUUCCGACAUAUUUUAUUUCCUACAUUUUUUUUAUAAAGGUAAAGUGGCUCUACUGUUUGAAAGAAACGCUUUGCAUUGUUUGCUGCUAAUAUUGCUAUAUUUUUUAGGAUAGUUUUAGGAUAUCAUCGUCCUUGGAAAUAUAAGGGUCCAACUACAUUCUGAGCAGUUUUGAGAUAACGAGCUUCAAUUCCAUUUGCAUUCCGUUUGUCUUAGUAUAUAAAAUCUUUUUGUUUUGUAAAAAAGUCCUAAAAUGUACACAACAUAAAGAAACAAUACAUUGCAUUAUGUAAAUAAGUUGUCGCAAAAUAAGAAUAUGGGAUUUUUGACAAACAUGUGAGAUAGAACCUUCUAAGACAAUGAAAUCAAAAGAUUUUUUUAAACGGAUCAGCUGUAAUGAGAUGUAUUUUCCCAUCAACAGUCAUUGAGUCAUUAUUUGACUGUAACAUAGAGAAACACCACAAAAAACAACCAGGGUUGUAACAACUUAUUGUACUACUCAUUGUUUGGUUCAGGGUUGGUUUGCAACGA